AUGGCUUUACCGAUUGCAGGAACAACCGCCCCUGAAGGAGGAGCCUCCCUUUUUCUAUCACCUCAACCUCAUCUAAGCCUGGGUCCUUCGCCUCUACCUCCUUUAAGCCUGGGUCUAUCACCUUCACCUCCUUUGAGCCUAGGUUCGUCUCCUCCGUUUCUUCUGUACCUACCACAACCUCUUUUUAACAGCCAAGUUGCUUUUCCUCCACCUCCACCAUGGUCGAAUGGCCUAGAGGCCCGGGCCUCUUUUUAUUUUUACGAAGACAGGACUAGCCUCCCCUGUAGGAGUGGUCUCCCCCGCCGGAUUCUCAACUGGUAUAGGUGCAUUCUUGUUGAAAUUUAG